GGGUGAGGUUCACCCAUUUUUUCCCCCCAGCCGAGCCAGGAGGCACCUCAGCGUGCGGGGAGGCUGCAGAUCCCUCAGGCUGGGAUGGCAUGCUGUUAGUCAUGAACGAAUCAAAUUCAUUCUCGUCAGCUAUAUUUCAUCUGUUUGUCACACACUCUGCAGAUAGUUAAGCGCAGAGGUGAAGGUAGAAUGGCUCAAAUCCUUUGGUCCCCUCUGUAACUCCGGAGAUGGAUCCGACAUCCCCGCAAACAAACAAAGACACUGAGGGCCACCUGAAGAGGCUGGACCAGGCCAGUGAGACGAGAAUGCCACAGCACCUCCUGUGGGAGUUUCAGUACCACUACUACUCCUCCUGGAUGAUGGAGGGAGAGCCCUUCACCUCACCUCUCUCCUCUCUGCUAUACUCUGCUGGGGGACACUUUGUUGCCCUCUCCUCCUCGUCCUCCUCGUCCUCCUCAUCCUCAUCUUCCCCCUCAUCCUCGUCAGAUUCUGCAAUUGCCACCAUGUCCCUGGAACAAAAGACAACUUUUGCUUUGGUCAUCUUCCUGUUUGUUUUCCUCCUCAUCCUCAUCGUGCGAUGCUUCCGUAUCCUCCUGGACCCCUACCGGAGUAUGCCAACCUCCACAUGGGCAGAUGGGCUUGAUGGUCUGGAAAAGGGGCAGUUUGACUACACUUUAGCUUAGGAUUCUACAAAGAAUACACACAUCCAAGCACAAUAGUGUGCAUUUGUGUACACAGACACACACACACACACACACACACAGUUGUGUUUCCAUCAGUUUUGGGGACAUUACAUAGACUUACAUUCAUUUCCUGGAGGCUUAACCACCACUUAACCACAACAAUAACUAUUA